UGAAAAAGAGGAAGUAAAAUGGCGGCCGCAUCGUCAAGUUUGGGGACACAAAUCCAGGAAGAUUUGACCUGCAGCAUCUGCCUAGGGCUGUUCAGCAGGCCCAAGGUGCUGCCCUGUCAGCACACCUUCUGCCAGGACUGUCUACAGCACCUUACAGUCGGUCAAACCACCUUCCAGUGUCCAGUCUGCCGAAAGCAGGUAAGAAAACCACCCCAGGGGGUACAAGCGUUCCCAAACAACCUCCUGGUUACAAGUCUGCAAACAAGAAUCCAAGAAGAUGACAAGAAAAAGGUGGAGUUGAAGAAAGAUCUGUGUCCCUUGCAUCCAUCUGAAGAAAUCAAGCUGUACUGUCAAGAAUGUAAUGUGCCAGUAUGUAAUGAAUGUUUGGAUAACAAGCACAGCAGUCAUUCCACCAUAAGUCUGAAGAAGGCCGCAGAAGAAAGGAAGGCCUCGGUUCAAGUGCUUAUCGAUGAAGGGAGAAACAACGUAGCGACUUACCACGCUUUUAUUGAAAGUCUGAUAGACAACGAGAAAACCCUGAAAGAACAGAAACAACAGACAAGCAAUGGCAUUAUGGAGGCUUACAACCAAAUGGUGCAGAAACUCACUGAAAGCAGGGACUAUCUGUUGUCAAGAGUUGAGGAAAAUGACAAGGAGAACAUGGAAAUGAUAAGGAAAGAAAAGGGCAGAUUUCUAUUUGACUCCAGGGAACUGUCUGCUGCCUGUGAUCAAGCAGAAGAAGAAAUGAAGACAGGAGGAGUAGAAUUUCUCCAACAGGAAACUAUUCUAACAGGAGUCAUGGCAAUGCACAGAGGAAAAACAGCACCAACUCCUGUACAAACCCAGCCUGCUGCCUUUCAUCCCACACAUUCAGUGCCAGUGUUGGGACAUGUGAUGGUCCAGUCACACUCACAAACACAAACACAAGCACUAACAUUUGGAGGACAGGGCACAAAACCAGGAAAGCUCCAGUUCCCCGCUAGUGUCACCGUGUCAGAGCAAGGCGAGAUCUUUGUAGCAGACAGGUGGAACCAGAGAAUCCAAGCCUUCACCCUGCAGGGAACGUUUAUUCACCAGUUCCCAACAGUCGUGUCAGGUGGACAGAAGAUGGAACCAAACAACGUGGCUGUAGAUGGAAAGGGGAAUCUGUGGGUGGUGGGGGAGACAAAACUGGCAGAGUUUGCUGUGCAGUACACCAAACAGGGUAGGGUGGUGACAAAGAUUGACCUACAGAAGACAGGGUGGGUGAGAGGAGUUGCUGUGGACUCCAGGAGGAACCACAUCCUCAUCACACAAACUACAGGAAACUGGGACAACCUGCAUGGUGAAGUGAGAGUGUUCAGGCCAGAUGGAACGCUUGUGAGAGCUAUGGGAGGGAAGAAGAACUCACUAGCAUCCCUAGUAUCAAGGCAGCAGAGGAUGAAGCACCCAUGGUACAUCACUGUGGAUGGGGGAGGGAACAUUUUUGUGUCAGACUGUGGCAAUCACUGUAUCCAUGUUUACAACGAGGAUGGACAGUUUCUGUUCCAGUUUGGGGGAAGUGGUGAUGGUCAGCUGCAGGGUCCUAUGGGUCUGUGUACCGACAGGACAGGUAACGUCAUUGUGGUCAACGGUGGAAACAGCCGUGUGGAGAUGUUUGACAAGACAGGUCGCUUCCUUCAACACAUCACUACAGACCUGGCACAGCCAUGUGCUGUUGCCAUAGCAACACAGGGUCAGCUUGUGGUGUCUGAUUUGAAGAGCCAUACCAUCAAUGUUAUGUAUAACACUACUGUCAAAACUGACCAAGAAGAUUACUCUGGUGACCAGUGUCUCUACACCUAACCUUGUACACUGUACCAGUAUACAUGUAUGUCAAUGUAUCUUUGUGUAGACGUUUGAAACACUUACUGUGAUGGCUGUGGAGAUGUUUUUCUGCUGUUACAUACUAGUACAUGUCAUACUGUUCUUGUUCUGAUGUCAAUACUUACCCUAGAUCAGUGCAUUGCCUAUUGCUAAUUAGU